ACCAUUUUUUGCUAAUUAAAACUUUACCUCUUACUCUAUUAAGAACAAGCUUAUGUGGAAAUACAAUGUAAAUGCACAUUCCUCAUAUGGAAAGAGUCGCAUGUGUUUUAACAAAUUGGCCACUAUAUACUUUUAUAUUUUUUAUUUUGUGCUUUAAAAAAAUGGGUCUUAGCCUAACCUGGUAGCAUUUGUACUUAAAAAGGCAUGGAUAAAUCAAUAGUGGUAGAGGUAGAAACGUGGCUGCCUUUAUAGAAAAAAAGCAUAUGUAACUGUACAAUGUUUAAAUUGAGUUAGAAUGUCCUGUUUUCAAGGAAAAGUAUUUUUAAUUUUUUUUUAGAUUUGUUUUUAAUUAAUCUUUUCACAACAAAUUAUCUUUUUUUUACCAAACAAAUUAGUAGAAAAUGGUGCAAGCAGCCAUUUGUUGUGUGUUGUCCCAUUAUUGCAAAUUAUUCACUGGAAAGGUGUUAUUUUCUUCUUGUACUAAAUAAUAUUACUAUUAUAUCUUCAGGUAGUUGUAAUGACCUCCUAUAUAAAAAGUUAUAGAAGACACAGUCCAAACAACAGAAGUAGAAGUCCUUCUCCUCAGGAUUCACGAUAUAGAAAGAGAAAUCGCUCUCGAAGUCGUAGUUAUAGCCCAGACAAAUACAAAAGAUAUGAAGCUAACUCACAGAGUUAUUUCAAGCAAAGUAGAAGUGGAAAUAGAGAUAUGCGAAAUGGUGAUUUAUGGCGGGAUGAGCGAGAAAGCCUAGCCAAACAUGGUGUUUCUUUUGUGUGGGGACUGUCUCCUCAUCCUGCUAAUUAUGAUUCAGAAGAUCACCAGGAUGAUUCUAGUGACACUGAAAUAAAAAAGAGAAAGAAGCAAAAAAAUUCAAAGGAGAAGAAGCACAAGAAAAAGAAAAAACAUUCAAAGAAAUCAAAAAAAAAGAAAAGGAGACACAGUAGUGAAAGUAGUAGUGAGGAAAUCACCAAUGAAAAAAGGGACGAAAAUGAAAAAGAUGAAUGGACAGAGAAAUCGUUAUCUGAAAAUGUUAUAGUUGGACCUCUGCCGGUGUCUAUAUCGGAGGUUCAAGAAACAACUUUAAAAGAUUAUGGUGAGGCUUUGCUGCCUGGAGAAGGAGAAGCUAUGGCACAGUUUGUAAAAGCUGGUAAACGUAUUCCAAGAAGAGGUGAAAUUGGGCUAACUAGCAAUGAAAUUGAAGCAUACGAAGAUGCUGGGUAUGUCAUGAGUGGUAGUAGGCAUAGACGUAUGGAAGCUGUUCGGUUGAGAAAGGAGAAUCAAGUUUAUAGUGCUGAUGAAAAACGAGCAUUAGCAAUGUACAAUAGAGAAGAGAAAGCGAAAAGAGAAAAUAAGGUUUUAGCUGACUUUAGAGAACUUGUACAAACAAAAAAAGGAAAGAAGUGAUACAUUUUUCAAUUUUGUUCUGUAAACAUUUCACGCCAGUCAAAAUUAUUGGCUUGCUGCUUUCCAGGGUUGUUAUUUCCUUUUUUCAGAUAGAAAAUAUAUACCAUUAUACUGUC